AUGCAAAAGAAAUACCUUCCAACAAAAGAGACAGUGCCUUUGACAGUGCCUUUGAGUCGUAGGGUGCAAUCUUUAAAAAAUUUCAGAAGGGGCUCAUCAACAUAUAACAGAAUAAAUAAAAAUAGUGGUCACUUUAGGAUGGACUCCCAAAUCAAACAAACAGUUAGCGUGGAUCACAUUCUGCAGAACGAGAAUGAAGAGGAAACAUUUAAUGAACAGUACGAAUUACUUAAUAGUGAAGACUUUAAUGCACAUUAUAAUGAAAGUAAUGUUGAGAUCGUUGACAGUCAUGAUAACAGCGUUCGUCCAACCACCCCCAAAGAAAUUUCACCAGUGAAAUUGAACCGUAAUAAUUAUAAAAAUGGCUUGUAUGGUGUACCAGCAGGUGAAAAUACCCCUCCGCAACAAUCUUCUCAUCCACAAAUCAGUGACAUUAGGGGCACUACACCGGUAGACACUCCUCCACAAGUCAUGUUGGAUACAACUAAUUCUAACGAAUCAGGGAAUAGGCCUGGGGUAACUAUCAGCGGAACGAGAGUUUUUGUUGGCGAUCUCUCCUGGAAACUUUCAGAUAAAGAGCUUAGAGCAGAAUUUAAACAUUUUGGAACUGUAAACGAAGCACUUGUCAUUAGAGAUAAAAAUACUGGUCGAAGUAAAGGUUAUGGAUUCGUUUCUUUCGAAGAGCCGCAUGCCGCAUUAGAUGCAAUUAAAUCAAUGAAUGGUCGUCACAUUGAUGGUCGUCCUAUACGUGUUGAGGCUGCUGAAGAACGACCUCUCGACGAUCGUUAUGAAGGAAAAAAAGAUCAUAUACAAGAUUAUAGGCGGCUAAGUGACUAUCGCAGAGAUAUGGACCACGGACGAAAAAAUUAUUAUGAAUUACGUAACAGAAAAGAAAGAGAUAUCGACUAUAGAAGUGAUCCUCAUUAUUAUAGGCGAGAUAUUAAUCGUCGGUUCGAAAAAAGAGAUAUUGAUGAUCGAAGAGAUAACGAAAAUCGCCGCGAAUUUGAAUACCGUAGAGACAUAAUUCGCAGAAGAGAUAAUGAAUUUGAAAAACGUGAUAGGGAUAUUGAACGUCGAAGAGAAGAAUUUGAUAAUAAAAGAGAUAGAGGAAACCCUUUAAUAGAACCGCAUGAAUCGUAUCAUUCAUCAAAGAUACAACCAGAUGUAUAUUCAGAAAAGGAAAAGGAUAGAUCUAAAAAUAGUCGCAAACGAGCACGUUCCAACAGCAUACAACAAAGUGACUCGUAUUAUUCUCAAUCUGAAGCUUUGCACACUGAUACAUCCCCUCACCCUUCUUUACCUCCAGUAAUGACAUCACCAAAUCGUUCAGCACUCUCUGAACAUAUACCAUCAACACGUCACGAACCUCGAUCACCUCUUUUUUAUUCUGAUAUUCCGCAAUCAACGUCAAGAAUGACUCGAAAAAACUAUUAUAAUGAUGUGCGCGAUCAACCACGUUAUUUCGAAAUGGACAGAGAAUUGCAUCGUACUCGAACAUCAAGUUAUGAUUACGGUAGAGAAAUAGAUCGUGCUAGACCUCCGUUUUACAAUAGAGAACAAGAUCGUGAUUUUGCUCGAUAUCGAGAGGCCGAUUUGGACCCAUAUAUUAACCGUCACUCACCGCCUGGUCAUUCAACAUACAAGGAUAACUAUAAACGUUUCAAUGAUUAUUAUUACCAAAAUCCUCAAACAUAUUCGUCUACCCGUCGAUCAUUAUCUCCACGGCCACGCUAUUCGGCACGACGUUCGCUUUCUCCCGGCGUUAGACAACCGAUUACAACUUAUGAACGUCGGUAUGAAAGAGAUCGACCUCCUCGUUUUGAUGCUGUCCGCGGCCAUGAGCUUGAUUCUAGACGUGAUGUCGAUUAUCGCUAUAAUGAAGUGCAUAAUCCUGGUUAUAAUCAUUCUCCAAUGAUACAUAAUAAUCAGGCUCACGUGAGACCAUAUGAUGAAAAUGUUGUUGGGACUAGUACAAAUGCUUUAACUAAUGAAACUUUCCAGCGAGAUCGUCCAAAGUCAAGACAUUGGGGAAUCAACAAUGAGAAAGAAAGAGAUACAAAAAGGAUUCAUAGCAACUCAAAUGAUAUGUAUUCUGAUAACUAUGAUCGUUAUAGACGUGAGAGACGUAAACCAUGGGAUGCUGCUGAUAAAAGUAGAGAAAAUCAAGAAGAGCAAAAUGAGCCUAGCGUUACUACUGCUGCUGCUACUAAUGUUCAGGAGAGAGCUCGAGACCGAGAACGAGAUGAAAAGAGAAACUGGGAUAGCCGAGAUAACUGGGAUAAUUGGGAUAACCAAGAUAAUUGGGAUAACCAAGAUAACUGGGAAACCCGGGAAAACCGGGAUAACUGGGAUAACUGGGAUAACCGGGAUAACCCGGAUAACCCGGAUAAUUGGGAUAAUUGGGACAACUGGGAUUCGAAAGAGGAAAAAACUAGAGAUGUUAAGUCAGAGCGCAAUAAUGGGGGCACUGUUACAAAAGAUGCUCAUGAGCGUCCAAUUCCACGUGAAAGAUCCACUAAAUAUUGGGACAUGAAUGAGGACAAAAGUAGAGAGCUCGAGCGCAGUUCCAAUAAGAGCCGUGAUCGUGAUAAUAGAGGCAACCAAGAACGAGGUGAAUUUGAGCAGGCAUUUCCUUCAUUAAAUGAUGAUCAUCCUUCUACCCCUGCACUUGAUUUCUUUCCUCCUAUUACUAUGCCAACGGAUUCCUUCGCUCUUCAAUCAUCUCCAUCAAUUGGUAACAACGGUCAUGCAAAAAAUACACACUUCUAG